CGAUGAUGGUACCUAGGUAGUACCUAACGAUGUACAUCCAUAGAUACAGUAGACGGCAUCAGUCCUGGGGGUUUUAUACAGUUGAGGGGUCAAUCAAAAGUCAACCUUACAAGGAAGAGCAGGGUGGAGGAAUGGGACUGAGUAAGAGGGUAUUCAUGUAUAGAACUAGCCUUGCAUCCCCUUUCUCUUUCAUUUAUUUCCAACUUGGGUCAGAGCGAGAAGACAGGAGAUGCAUGUUAUUCUAUUGAAUACUUCUUUAAAUGAACAGAGAAUGGCCUGCAAGACGCGAGUGAAAACCCCGUCCUCUAC